UACAGCAAUAAGGAAAGAUCUUGGUUUCGACAACUGAUCAUGAGCUUACGCGCAUAUCGCAACAGAGCAUGGAUUUGGGCUUCCUGUGUUUCGCACGCGCACUGUCYGAUUGUGAUGCAAAUCAGUUGAUUCGAGUAACGCGUCUAUUGUGAUCUAAUUAAGAUCUCUCAUCGCCAUGGUACCCCGAUAGAUGUCGAGUAAAGAUGAACUACCAUCCUUAAAAUGCCUACACAGGCAAAGAAAAACGUUCCUACACAUCACGGUGAAAAAACUACGAAGGYAAAGAAGAAGAAGAAAAAGGACUCGGCCAAAACAACGACUAGAAAAGAUUCCCAAACUGGAUCAGAUUCCACUACCGAAGAACACAAUAAAAAAUUAAAAGCUAAAGUUAUUGCGUUUGGAAGGACGUGUGUUUCGAGUGACUCUUACCCUAGCUCUUCAAGUCGAGAGAAUGGUAAUGCAAGCAGUUGUCUUGUAAGUAGUACAGACGGACGAAGUACGAGUAGCAGUGGCGAAAACCUUGAGCUGUCUUUCCCUACUGCAUCUUCAGAUAUAGACUGUACAAGAAAGGACGAAGACAAAGAUUCGUUCACAAAAUCUAUGAAUACAAAGACGAUUCUUAAUGAAAGCCUUCGGUGGGAGGGCCACCUCGAAGAUGUUCAGGAAGAACAAGAUAGAAUACGGGUUUAUAAAAUGAAUCGAAGAAAAAGGUAUAUGGCUUUAUUACAAACCAAUGAAGACGAUUCUUUUGGGCAGUUUUAUGCGUGAAUAAUAUGUAAUAUUUAGCUAAAAAAAAACUAAUUAUUUUUAUAAAAGCAAAAUUAGAACUCAAUUUACUCAACUAAAGUUUAUUUCUUAUAAUUUUUGAAUUCAGUUUAUACCCUCGCUGAAUCUCAGUUAAGCUUAUUUAUCUUUUGCUAUUACUGCGGAUAUAAGCUAUAAAGUACUCUUAAAAAGGUUGUAAAUAUGAAUUUGGGAACUGGUUUAURAGUAAUUCGUAAAUCUGUAUGAUGAGGUCAUCCAUCUUUCUAACUCUGUCUAGAAUUUCAGUGUACAGGCUUUUCUUUGUCACGCACUGUAUAUGUAAAGUACAGUUUAUCGAAAAGUUUACGAAAACUUUUACUCAGGAAACAGGAAAAACUAUCAAACGCUUUUUUCAAAAUCGUUCGUUUUAGGAAUUGUACAUAUAAAUAUAAGUAGAAAAAGGAACGUGUGCUUAAGGAAAUAAAACUUUGGAUUUAACAAUGAAGAACRAAUGGUAAAGUUAAUCUAUCUAUUGUUUUUAAUGUUUUUUGAUUGACUAGUAAACGUUCUAUACUUU